AUGAAUACGCCAACAACUGGAAUUUCAAAAGUUUUAGACAAAUUACUUCGACCAUUAUUAUUUGAUAAACAUGUACGUUCAACUACGAUUAUUGAUGGAGUGGAUUUAAUUCGUCGAUUAGAAACAUAUGCUGCCAAUGGUUAUCGUAAACCAACAACUUGUCUAUGUACAUUGGAUAUAACAGAUCUAUAUACAAUGUUACCACAAGAAGAAUCAUUGAAUGUUCUUAUGGAAUUUCUUCAUUAUUCUGGUUAUCAAAAAGUAAAAGGUAUUCCAUGUGAUGCUAUUCGGAAAUCAGCUCAUCUUGUUAUUACAGAAAAUCUAUUCAUCUAUGAGAAAAAUUUCUAUAAACAAAUUAUUGGAGGUGCAAUGGGAUCAGCAUUUAUUUUAAGAUUAGCUAAUAUUUUCAUGUGGAAAUUGGAAAAAGAACUUGUUCAUCGACAAGAAGCAUCGAAUGAAAUCUAUGACAGAUAUAUUGAUGAUAUUUUCUUUAUCUCAAAUCAAUCGUUGGAUAUAAUCAACGAAAUGUUAGAUGAAGCGAAUAAUUUCCAUUCGAAUAUUAAAUUAGUUCGUCAAAUUGGCACAAAUCUUCCAUUUCUUCAUGUGUACAUAGAAAAUAAGAAUGGUACACUUACAACAUCAGUAUAUCACAAAGAGGCACCCGAACCUCAUAUAGUACCAUUCAAAUCCGAUCAUCCACGACAUGUUUUCAAAAAUAUUAUUGAAACAGCUCUUCUUCGUGCAAUGCGAUAUUCGUCAACAUUAGAUAUUUUUCAUCAAGAAAGACGUUCCAUUCAACUUAUGUUACUUUAUAAUGGAUAUGAACAAAGUCUUGCAAAUUAUAAGGAAGAUGUUCAUCGUGUAUGGAAUGAGGUAUUCAAUAAAACAUCGAUUAUGGCUACCAAACUUAUUGGCAAUCGUAAUAAUUGCAAUACUGCAGAAGAAUUAGUAUCUUAG